AUGGAAAGGCUUGAACAAAUCAAGGUAAUCGCCAAUAACCUCAAAACGAGUUCGACGAAGGCUAUAAGGGCACUGCACAGGUUAGUGUUCGAGAAAGAAGGAGACCGCGGCAAUAGGAAGCGACUGCGUGAAUUCGGUGGCUUUACAUUCGCUAGCGGAUCGGAAGAGUAUAAGAAUAAAUUAGCAUAUGCGGAAGCAGCCCUCGGCUGGGGAGAUUUAGUUGCAAUCUGUAACGUCUUGGCAGUUGACUACGCAGGUACGAAGAGAGAGUUGCAGCAGCGAAUAUGCGACUACCUGAUGGAUCUCGAUUCGCUUAGCAACGCAAACGACGACAGAAGAGACGCUGAAGAAGACGCUGUGGAAGACGACGACGACGAAGCUCACGACGACAACGACGACGAAGCUCACGACGACAAUGACGAUGAAGCUCACGACGACGAUAACAAUGAAGCUCACGGCGAAGACGACGCAGAAGAAACCAACGAAGACGAAGAUGAUAAUAGAACGAAUAGCGACCACGAAGAUGAUCGACGAGCAAAGAAGACUGAAAAAACGACGAUGAAGAAUAAAUUCGCGAUGACGUUCAGGGACGUGGAAGACUCGAUCAGGUCUUUUAAUGGAGAUGACAAAUAUUCUGUAGCUCGUUGGAUUUCGGAUUACGAAGAGGUAGCCGAACUCUUCGGAUGGACGGACAUACAGAAAACAGUAUUUGCCAAGAGGUCAUUAAAAG